UCUAUGUAAUCUUUCAGAUUAUAUUUUAUGUUUUUUAAAAUUCAUGUUCUAAGCAUCAAAUUGCUGCAAGUUUGGUUUCAUUUCACUUUCAGAAUGUGGGCGUUCACAUUUUUUGUUGUCGCUGUGGUUCUAUGGCUCUUCUGGAGAAAAAGAAAAUUUUCAAUUUUCAAAAAAUUGGGAAUUCCUGGACCAGAGCCGAAUCUUCUGUUUGGUAAUUUAUUGGAAUUGUACAGCAAAGAUCCUCUAAAAUGCCAAAAAGAAUGGAUCCAGAAAUACGGAAAAGUGGUGGGGUAUUAUUAUGGGACAGAGCCAAUUGUUCUUAUAACAGAUGUAGAACUGCUGAAAAAGAUUCAAAUUUCUUAUUUUCACAAAUUUAUAAAUAGACCACAUCCGCGCUGCUUGUCCUGUGGGUCCUCCUGCGAUGGCGCAACAGUAACAGAUGACAACUGCAGAGAGGAUGAUAAUGCUGUAAGGCUAAUUAUAGCUAUAGGGACAGCAGUCCUCUUUUUGCAGUGUAACUGUAACUGUAACUAACUGUCUUUAUUUUUC